AUGAACAGUCUGAAAGGCUAGAUUCACGACUCUUCGGAUGAACGGGUCUUAAACUCACCCGCCAAGCACGUUAACGAUCCCAUCUCCGCCGUCCGUCUCCAGCCGCCGGGCCCCACCUCUUCAGUCUUCUGUUCAUCUUCCACACAGCUAAUCAGUCAACAUAAAUCAUUCUUACUUCCCUUCUCUCUUAAGCUCAGAAGUCAAAACGGAUCCCUUGUAAAUAUAUUACUGUAAUACUGGCAGCGGGCGACGGUGCUCCGAUUAUGGCGACGGUGUCGGUGGCUGUGAAGAGUGCGGAGGGUAGGGGUAGCCAGCGGGCGGUGCGCUGGGCGGUGGAGAAUUUGAUGCAGAGUGCCGUUCGUUUGGUUCUGGUUCAUGUUAUGGCCCCUAUCACCUCUGUUCCUACCCCCUCAGGUGGUACCAUUCCAAUCAAGGAGCUAGAUGCAAGUGUAGUGGAAAUGUACAUUCAGGAUUUGAGGGCAAGAUGUGAAGAAACUUUUCUAACUUUUAAGUGUCUAUAUAGGACACAAAAGAUCGAGACCUUGUUACUGGAAGGAGAAAAUCCUGCAUCCGCUCUACUGAGGUAUAUAUCUGAUUCAAGGACUACAAGUUUGGUGCUGGCUUCUUGCUCCUCCAAUUACUUUGCGAGGAAGCCCAAGGAUUCUGAGGUGCCAUCAGUUGUUCUCAAACAUGCUCCUGAUACCUGCAGCAUCUAUGUGGUCUCUGCAAAUAAGCUCACAUCAAAUACAUUGAACCCUAUGUUAACUACUGAGAGUGGCCGUGAUACUCAUGCAUUAAGUAAACACGAAUCGAGUCUUUCUUCUUCAUCCACAGAGUCCAAAUAUUAUAACUGCCUCUCAGAUGUUAGUCAUUCAAAUUCUCAAGCACAAACACCAAGAUUUUCUUCAUCUCAUCAAGUCGCAGAAGAUAGUCUCCCUGAUAUAUUCAGAAAUAAAAGAUUUCCUUCCAUUUCUUCGACGUACUCAGAUGAGUCAGACAUUCAGGCUGAAAUUGAACAGCUGCGCCUGGAAGUGGAGAAUACCCUGAUGAUGUACAAUCGAGCUUGUGAAGACCUGGUCCAAUCACAGAGCAAGCUUAAUUUGCUUUCUUCCGAAUGCAUUCAAGAAGCACAGAGAGUAGAUGCUGCACAGAAAAGAGAACAAAGUUUAAGGAAAAUUGCUGCUGUAGAGAAAGAGAAAUAUCUGGAGGCUGAAAAGGAGGUUGAGAUGGCAAAGAAGAUUCUAGCUAAAGAGAUGUAUGAAAGGCAGAUGGCAGAACUGAAGGCCCACAAAGAGUCACUAGAGAAGAAGAGAAUUGUUGAUGCACUAUUCUCUGCGGACCAAAGGUAUAGAAGGUACACCAGAGAAGACAUACAGAUGGCAACUGGUUUCUUCUCUGAGAAUAAAAUGAUUGGUGAAGGGGCAUAUGGUAAAGUUUAUAAGUGCAGCCUUGAUCACACCUUAGUUGCUGUUAAAGUUCUCCGCCCUGAUGCAUCCGACCGGAAGGAGGAAUUUCUAAGAGAGGUUGAAGUUCUUAGCCAAUUGCGCCAUCCUCACAUUCUCUUAUUGCUUGGAGCCUGUCCAGAAAGCGGCUGCCUUGUUUAUGAGUAUAUGGAGAAUGGAAGUCUGGAGGAUCAUAUUCUGCACAGAAGAGGUACACCUCCUCUUCCAUGGCCUCUUAGAUUCCGUAUAGCUUUUGAAAUAGCCUGUGGGCUUGCCUUUCUGCACCACUCUAAGCCAGAGCCUAUAGUUCAUCGAGAUCUAAAACCUGGAAACAUUUUGUUGGACAAAAAUUACGUGAGCAAAAUUGGAGAUGUGGGCCUGGCAAAGAUCGUGUCUGAGUAUGCGCCAGACAAUAUUACAGAAUAUAGAGACUCUGUUAUAGCAGGUACCCUGUUCUACAUUGAUCCUGAGUAUCAGAGAACAGGAACUCUCCGACCAAAAUCUGAUGUAUAUUCUUUUGGAGUAAUAAUCCUCCAGCUGUUGGCUGCUCGUCAUCCCAAUGGGCUUAUACCGAAGUUUGAGAAUGCUAUAAGCAGUGGUACUUUUGCAGACAUUCUUGAUAAGUCAGUUGCAGAUUGGCCACUACCUGAAGCGGAAGAACUAGCCCAGAUUGCACUGAAAUGCUGCAACCUUAGAUGUAGAGAUCGCCCAGACCUUGAAGCAGAAGUAUUGCCAAUAUUGAAACGACUUGCUGAAUUUGCUAAAUCCGGUAUGACUGAGAGAGACCACGGACUUGUGCCUAAACACUAUUACUGCCCAAUCCUUCAGGAAAUAAUGGACAAUCCUCACAUAGCGGCUGAUGGUUUUACAUACGAGUAUGAUGCAAUAAAAGCGUGGCUCGACAGACACAAUGUAUCCCCAGUGACAAAACAAAAACUACCACACAAGCUGCUCAUUCCAAAUCAUAUGCUGCAUUCUGCCAUUCAGGAAUGGAGAAAACAAUAGCGUCAUUGAGAUCUUGAACGCAAUGACACUCUUGCAUAGCGUAGUUAUCGAAAGGUGCACUAUUCUUCUGCCUUGUAUAUGUUCUUCAAGCAGCUUCUAUAUAUAUUUUGGUUACAUAGCUACCCAACUGUGCUCACAAAACUCUACUGUUUGAAUUGCUGCAAGUGUAUAGAAUUGACAUAGCUGUAUAUCUGUAUACAUUCUUAAUAGUAUUAAUUAGGUAAUGUAUUAGCACAGAGUGAGUCCUUUUCUGUCUUUUGAGGAUUGUGACCAUGUCAUGAGAUGUAUAGAGAAGAUGAAAUGAAUGGUUGCCUUAUUAUUUUGGAUC